AUGCAGCUCUCCACCCUCACUGUCCUCUUGACCGCAGCCUCUCUGGCCCUGGCCAACCCGGCCCCAAAAUGCGGGACUUGCAAUCCCCUUUCCGGCCAGAACAGUUGUGAUAUAACUACUUCGUGCAUCAACACAGGCUCGACCUUCCACUGUGCCUGCCGUGCCGGUUACAAGGCCUCCAAGAAUAACAACAACAUCAAGCAACAGUUCCGCCUGCCGAUGCCCAACUAUGAAUUUUUGGUCUUUGUUCCAGAAAACACUGUUUGCAACACUCUGUGUGAUAACCCCUAUGCUGCUCCGGCCGACAUCUGCAGGGAGGUGCACUUGUACGAGCGUUGCACUGUCUGA